AGCCUUUCUCUGUAGCACACACAGACACACAGACCAGAACAGACUGGGGGGAAGAGAGAGGGAAACAGACGCACUGCAAAAUCCAGACGCAUCAACAGCCACCCUAGCAGCUCAAACCACCACAGCAGAUGGGGCCCGGAUUGUUUUGGAACUUCUCUUCAAAGGCUAACUGCUCGGUGCCGCAGAGCCUGCUGCAGACCAUGUUGCUCUCCAGGAUGGCUGGGAUGAAGGAGCAGCAAUUUACUGAGGAGAAACCCCUACUGCAAGAACAAAGAGGACAAGACACUGAGAUGGAGAACUGUGAGACCCUGAUGCCCAUUGGAGACUGGAAGGAACAUGACAUUGAGACUCCUUAUGGGAUGCUUCAUGUGGUGAUCCGUGGUGCACCCAAAGGAAACAAGCCUGCCAUCCUCACCUACCACGAUGUUGGGCUUAACCACAAGCUGUGCUUCAACAGCUUCUUCCACAAUGAGGACAUGCAGGAGAUCACCAAGCACUUUGUGGUGUGUCAUGUGGAUGCUCCUGGACAGCAGAUUGGAGCCUCUCAGAUGCCACAGGGGUACCAGUACCCCACCAUGGACCAGCUGGCAGGCAUGCUGCCCAGCGUAGUGCAGCACUUUGGAUUCAAGAGCAUCUUGGGCAUUGGAGUUGGAGCAGGCGCCUACAUCCUGGCCAAAUUUGCUCUGAUCUUCCCUGACCUGGUGGAGGGCCUGGUGCUGCUCAACAUCGACCCCAACGGGAAGGGCUGGAUCGACUGGGCCACUGGCAAGCUGUCUGGUUUCACCAGUGCUCUUCCAGACACUGUGCUGCCCCACCUCUUUAGCCAGGAGGAGCUGAUGAACAACACAGAGCUGGUCCAGAGCUACCGUCAACAGAUCAACAACACUGUCAACCAGGUCAACCUGCAGCUCUUCUGGAACAUGUACAACAGCCGUAGGGAUCUGGAGAUGAACCGCACCGGGACCAUCAUCAAUGCCAAGACCCUGAAGUGCCCCGUCAUGCUGGUUGUUGGUGACAACGCUCCAGCUGAGGAGGGAGUGGUCGAAUGCAAUUCCAAACUUGACCCAACCAACACCACCUUCUUAAAGAUGGCUGACUCUGGUGGACUCCCUCAGCUCACACAGCCUGGAAAACUGUCCGAAGCAUUCAAGUACUUCCUCCAGGGGAUGGGCUACAUGCCGUCUGCCAGUAUGACCCGUCUGGCCCGCUCCCGGACGGCCUCCCUCACCAGUGGCAGCUCCAUUGAGAGUUCUCGUAUCCGGGGUUUUACACACUCUGACAGCAAUGAGGGCCAGGUCAGCCACACCAUGGAAGUGUCUUGCUGAACCCCCACACACACACAGACGUGGGUUGGAGAUAGGGAUGGAUAGAGAGAGAGAGUGAGGAGAGAGAGAGAGAGAGAGAGAGAGAGAGAGAGAGAGAGAGAGAGAGAGAGAGAGAGAGAGAGGAGUUUCUACUUUUAAAUGGUAGGUGGAGGAUGUCUUCUCUAUCUAUCUCUCUAUGUCUUUGUUGUAGUAUUACCCCAAAUCCCUCAGUAUUUGACAACUUCUGUCACCUCCUCCCCUCAUUGUAAAAACUGACACCAACGUAUUACUCUUUCCCUUAAACUUUGUAAGCAGUUUUGCUUUUGUGUGUCAUUUGUGUUUUGCUCAGUGUCUUCUCCCCCCUUUGCCUUUUCCCUGCUCCCCUUGCCCUAAACCUGCCCCCCUCCUCCUUCCACUCAGACCCAUCUGCCCCCUGGCACCCCUCCACUCAGGUCCCUCCCACACUCAUCCGCUUGUCUGAUGACAAUCUCUGUGAGGUGAUCAAUGAUGGUAGUUAAGUGGGUUGUAUGUAGUCAGUGAAGGUAGUUGGUCAUAGGAGAGAAGACAUGCUAGCAAGAGGACAUCUUGUUGUAGUUGGUACUAUUCAUCCUAUUUGUCUUGAACAAUAGGACAGCAGAGAUUAUGGGCCUUUGUCUGGGAGGUCCCAGAUUUGACAGAAAGCAGCACACAACCUACUAUAUUUUAGAGAGUUUUACAUCACACAGUGGAUAUGCCUCUCUACCUGAAGGAUGUAUCUGUGUCACAGGCACUAGUAUUCCCACUCCACAUCCCCUGUCAUACAGAAGCAUUAAUGAACGUAGUGUGAUUCUAUAUACCCUAUAGCCACUAGUAGGAGCAUCCAUUCCUAUAUAGUUAGUGUGGCCACGGUCAUCUCCACCUCCCCAACAUGGAAGUGGUUCUGCUGGGGAUCGGUUCUUAGUGGUCUCCCAAAUGACAAUCACAUUUUGACCCAAACCAAACCAGACCUAGGAGCCAAGGCAGAACCCGUUACAUAUGAGAUGUUCUUCUCUCAUGUCAGCACCACAAGACGGAACUACAGCUGGCUUCUCCUUCUACAGCACUCAGCCCCACACAAAGAAUAUACCAAAGCUACACACGCACACUUACCUAUGAGGGCUGGGCUCUGUAAGGGAACCGAGCCAAAGUAUAUUGGCACUUAUUGACACACAGUAGCACAAAACACACGCGUGCCCACACAAACGUACGCAUACACGCAAACACAGUCAAUGUGUCAUCACAAAACAAAUGUUAUUGUAUUUACAUCCAUACCCAUGCAUAACUUACACAGAUAAUCAAUAUCCUUUUUCACAAUGCUAUUGAGCUGGAAUACUGGUUGUUGUGACUGGAGAGACUAGGUGUGUGCUGCUAGCUGCUGAGAUGGACUACCCAUUGAGUCAGGCUGGUCCUUUGAGGAACUGGGGUCCCUGACAAUUUGCACUGUAAUAAUUUUCUACAUUUGAUUUGCAUUCCUUAUUUUCAGUAACAACUGCUGCCUGUCAUCUAUUUGAAUGUCAAUCUCUCUGUUUCCCCCAACAGGGGUGAAGUGGGAUAACUACUACCGCAGGGGUGCUUCCUGGGACUGUCUGUAAGGGGCAGGGCUUUUUUGGAGCCCAUUGCUCCAAGCUCGGAAUGUAGGGCAACACCCACCCCAACCACCCCCAACCACCCCCAACCACCUCCAACCACCCCCAACCACCACCAACCACCCCCAACCACCACCAACCACCACCAACCACCCCCAACCACCCCAACCACCUCCAACCAAAACCACAAGCUUCCCCGCCCCUCACAGACACAUCCAGUCGCCCCAAAAGGGCUAUCAGCUGAGGUCACUUUUCUGUUCAUAGUGCUGCCUAGCAACAGUGUACCAAUGUGCAAGGGACCCCAGGGCGGUUGCAGCCAAGAUUGUAGGAAAGAGCAGAGAUUCUAUCUGGAUGAAUGAGGCAUUUUCAUUUGUGAAGAUGCAGAGUGUGAGAGCGAAGGGUCUACAAAAUGUUCUGAAAAGGGGAUAAUAGAGGGGUGAUAAAACGUGUAAAUUGGGCUUCGGUGAGAGGAUAUUAGGACUAGUCAGAACAACAAACACUCCUUUCUACUCCUCCAAUCUGUUUUCAUGCACCGGAGUGUGAUAUUCAACGUUGUUGCCAUGCAUUUUCUCUCUGUAAGACUACUGUUGCUGUCAGCUCUGUGCCGACCUGAUUCUGCCCCCUUCCUCAGUCUCAAACAUACUGCCUAGGGGGCCCUGAAUGUAAUUUGUCCCUUUGAAAUGCUGUACAGUAUAGUCAAAGUGCCCCCUUCCACCCACCCACCGCCAUUACCCCCUAGGGCUUGUACCUGCUAACCUGACCACCCUACACCCCAACUCCUUCCACGUCUUCCCUGCGCUGUAGAUACUCACUGUUUUUAGAGCAGGUUAACUGCAAGAGGACUCCAACACUAUUGUAUUGUGACACAUUCCGCAUUUUGGUUCCUCUUUCCUUGAGUUCCUCUUUUUAUAUAACAAUAGAAUGGAGUUAUCUGUGGUAUUACUGGUCCCCGUGUAUUAUCAUUACUAUAGUAUUAUUGAUUGAUUUAUAUUGAGGACAAAGUUGUUUUCAGACUGUUUGGUUUCACAGGAGUCUCCCAGCAUUGUUUCUGUUCACAGAGAUAGUAGGGUUGAAUCUUACCUGCUUCGUCAUAAAAUGUGAAAUGUAAAGUUGAAAUAUAUGUACUGUAAGUGGUCUCUGUCCAUGUAUUGAACAUGUAAUGAAAACAAAUAAAAAACUGUCAGUAUAGUCA